AUGUCAAAACUCAUUGUCAUUGUCGGUGUUACUGGCCUCCAGGGGUCAUCCGUAGCAAACACCUUUCUAAACCUACCAGGAUGGAAAGUCCGCGGCAUAUCACGCAAUCCCUCUAGCCCAACAGCCCAAGCUCUUAUUUCUAAAGGCGCCGAGAUCAUUCAAGCAGAUUUGGACGACGAGAAAUCACUCUAUCCAGCCUUCGAAAGCGCUAAUGUCAUUUUUUCCAACACCGAUUUCUUUGGCAUCUUUUUUCAUGCAUUAAUGUCAAAGAAUGAUUCACCGCAACAAUAUGCAUAUGACCGUGAAGUCGAGCAGGGAAUCAACAUUGCGCGAGCAGCUGCUUCGCCCACGGUACUACGCACCCUAGACCGAUUCGUACUCUCCUCGCUGAGCGAUGCUCGCAAAUGGAGUCAAGGGAAGUAUCCGAACGUGUACCACAACAACUCCAAGAUAGAGAUUAUCCAAACCAUCGAGACGCAAUUCCCGGAAUUGGCGGAACGGAUGAGUAUGGUCCAAGUAGGACAUUACGCGACAAAUUGGAAACAGUCACCAUCCUUGGCGCCACAGAAACAGUCUGAUGGGAGCUUUAUAGUCAAACGAACAUUCACUUCUGAUUUUAAGAUGCCGUUUGUUGUCCCUCAUAAGGAUACAGGAGAGUUUGUCAGAGCCUUGACGCUUGAUCUCCCUGCCGGAACACAUAUUCUAGGCGCAUCUGAGAUUUUGACGUUGCCGGAAUGGACCAAGAUUUGGGCCGAGACUCUCGGUGUCAAGGCUGUUUUUGAGCAGGUUACCUUUGACAUUUUCUUUCAGGGUGUGCCUGACGAGAUGAAGAGGGAGCUUUCGGAAACGUUUGCAUAUACCAAUGAGUUUGGAUAUACGGGCGGUGAUCCGGCGAUUAAAACUGCUGAGCAGCUUGGUAUCAAGCUUUCGCUCACAUCGAUGGAGGAGUAUAUCAAAGGUGAAGAUUGGUCGUCAGUUUUGUAA